AUGCUCAGUGAAAGAUUCGUUGACGACAUGCUGAGGGACAGUCAUGCCUUGAGGCGAGCAAUGAGGCAGUGUGACGUGCAGGACUGCCUGACGCCGUCCUCGAGGGCUGCAAAGUCAAACAUGGGCCCUGUCUUCCGCCGCGGCUGCACAGACAACGUCUGCAGCCUGAGAUUUGUAAGCACUCUGCGAGACUCUGCUGGUGGCCUCAAUAGAGAGGCGAAAGAAAGAGCGCUGCGGCAGCGAAUGCGGGGAACGUGGAACCCCAGCACAAGGCUGAUGAAUAGCCAACGUGACAUACUUAAAGAGCUUUUGCAACGUCAACUGGAGCUCCAUGGGUUUGCCGCUGCAUAUGAGGCGUCCCGCGAUGCAUUACUCAAAAAGCAGAGAAACGAGGAGGCAUUUUAUCAUCAGCAGCGCGAGAAGAGAAAACUAUCACGCAUGACGGCCCGCCAUGCAAGGCAACAACAGGAGAUUUGUAUAGAGGAAUCUCACAUGCGCCAAAAGCUACGCGACUCAGAGAGACGAAAAAGGGCCUCCACUACCGCCUACAUGUUUAACGAGGCCUUUGUCCUUGCUGCCAAUGCUGAAUUUGCUGAGCGACAAGCCAUAUUUCAGGACUUUCACGCGCAGCACGCCUCAAUCGUAAGUGACGCAGCCAACACGCUGCAGGCCAUCACAGGACUUCCACACUCAGUCUACCAGUCCCUUACGGCUCUACAAAAGAAAGAAGCCCAGCACAGGCUGCAACUGGCACGUUCCCACAUGAGGGAGUAUGAAUUUCUGAAAACACAGUUGAAUUGCACAGUAGACCAUCAACUCAGAGCGGAAAUUUCACAGGUGAUUGCAAAGGAAGCAAUACUUUCAAAACUUUUACAGAUACCAAACAUAAAGUAA